CCUUUUUAUUUAAGCAGAAGCAAAGGGCCCAGAUCACUGUCUCAUUACCAAAACCCUAGCUGCUUCGUCUCCAUACUUGAGCAGAGACGCCGGCUGCCAUUGUUUGGAGAGAAAAUCAAGAAAUUCAAUUUGAAAGAUGGUGAGAGUUAGUGUAUUGAAUGAUGCUCUUAAGAGCAUGUUUAACGCAGAGAAGCGUGGAAAGCGUCAGGUUAUGAUAAGGCCUUCGUCCAAAGUGGUCAUUAAAUUUCUCAUGGUCAUGCAGAAGCACGGUUACAUCGGUGAAUUUGAAUAUGUUGAUGAUCAUAGAUCUGGAAAGAUUGUGGUUGAACUUAAUGGAAGGUUGAACAAAUGUGGUGUUAUCAGCCCUCGUUUUGAUGUUGGCGUGAAGGAAAUUGAACCUUGGACUGCAAGGUUGCUUCCAUCAAGACAGUUUGGAUACAUUGUCCUAACUACGUCAGCAGGCAUUAUGGAUCAUGAAGAAGCCAGAAGGAAAAACGUUGGUGGCAAAGUUCUUGGUUUCUUUUACUAGGCUUAGCUCCUUUAACAGAGAGCAUUUUCACAUUUUAUAAAUUUGGUACUUAGAACUAUUUUUCCGUACUUGUUUUGUUGUGUCGUCAGCUUUUCUUCUUCCCCUAAAAAUUAUGAAAGAUGAUAUUUGAGAAGUUUACCGUACCCUUA